GGGGCGGCAUUUAGUCACCGGCCUGCUGCAGCCUGCACGCAUCGUUCCUCCCUCCCGGCUUCCUCGCCUGCCCUGCGACAGCUCGGCUCCUUACUGGCGAGGAGCAGAAGCAGCCCCAAGGCCCCGGAGUGCACUGUGUCCCAGUCUCAUUGGAGUUAGGACCCAGACCUUGCUGACUGCCUGUCUCCUGACCACCCCGGCAGAGGUGCUGCACAGGUGGCACCAUGGCCUUCUCCCAGGUGCAGUGUCUGGACAACAGCCACGUCAACUGGCGCUCCAGCGAGUCCAAGCCUGAGUUCUUCUACAGUGAGGAGCAGCGCCUGGCACUGGAGGCCCUGGUGGCUCAUGGCCGAGAGGCCUUCUAUGAGGUGCUGAACCGAGAAAACAUCCGAGACUUCCUCUCAGAGCUGGAGCUCAAGCGCAUCCUGGAGACCAUCGAGGUGUAUGACCCAGGCUCUCAGGACCCUCGGGGCUCAGGUUGCCCCCUGGGGCCUGAGGACAAUGGAUUCCGGGAUGGUGAGGAGGCCAGUGGGGCAGGAAGAGUCCCAACUGAGGCAGAGCCACCACCCUCCCUGGAGUACUGGCCCCAGAAGUCAGACCGCUCCAUCCCACAGCUGGACCUGGGCUGGCCUGACACCAUCGCCUACCGCGGUGUGACCCGGGCUAGUGUCUACAUGCAGCCCCCCCUUGACGGGCAGGCCCACAUCAAAGAGGUGGUGCGCAAGAUGAUCAGCCAGGCCCAGAAGGUGAUAGCCGUGGUCAUGGACAUGUUCACCGAUGUAGACAUCUUUAAGGACCUGCUAGACGCCGGCUUCAAAAGGAAGGUGGCCGUGUACAUCAUCUUGGACGAGAGUAAUGUCAAGUACUUCCUGCACAUGUGUGAGCGGGCCCGCAUGCACCUGGGACACCUCAAGAAUCUCAGGGUACGGAGCAGCGGGGGAACAGAGUUCUUCACAAGGUCCGCCACCAAGUUCAAGGGCGCCCUGGCCCAGAAGUUCAUGUUCGUGGAUGGAGACCGAGCUGUUUGUGGCUCCUACAGUUUCACGUGGUCAGCCGCGAGGACAGACCGGAACGUGAUCUCCGUGCUGUCUGGCCAGGUGGUGGAGACGUUCGACCGGCAGUUCCAGGAGCUGUACCUCACGUCACACGGCAUCAGCCUCAAGGGCAUCCCCAUGGAGAAGGAGCCCGAGCCCGAGCCCGUGUUGCUGCCUGCCGUGGCCCCUCUGGUGCCUUCCGGCACUGUAGCCAAGAAGCUUGUCAAUCCCAAGUAUGCGUUGGUCAAGGCUAAGAGUGCUGAGGAGAUUGCCAAGGUCUCCUCUGAGAAGCAGGAGGUCAAGAAGCCCCCGGGGCUGCGGGGCGCGGUGCUGGCCGAGCAGCCAGCAGAUCUGCCCGAGCCGGUCCUGUCUAUCCACCCGGGGCUGCUCAACCUGGAGCGAGCCAACAUGUUCGAUUACCUGCCCACAUGGGUGGAGCCGGACCCAGAGCCAGGCAGUGACAUCCUGGGCUACAUCAACAUCAUCGACCCCAACAUCUGGAACCCUCAGCCCAGCCAGAUAAACCGCAUCAAGAUCCGAGACACAUCCCAGGCCGGGGCCCAGCUGUGGAGGCAGAGCCAGGACUGCAGCUCGGCUCCAGAGCCCAGCAACCCCCAGGAUGCGGUCCCUGCCAAGAAUGGCCUACCUGAGGAGGACCGCAUACCACAGCCCCCAGUACCGAAGCCCCGGACAGUGCCUGUGGCAGACGUGCUUGCCCAGGGUGGUGGUGGCAUAGGUGGGGUGCUGGGGAGCCCAAGGGAGGAGGUACCUCAGAGCAGGACAGACCACCGGCUGCCCGGGACACCAGGCCCAGGCCAGUCCCUGCCCCAGCAGCAGCUGUCUGCGACGCAGGAUGAACCUGAUGGCAAUGGGGUGGUGAUUUCCAAUGGGCUGGAUCAGGAAGAGGAGGAAGAUGACGAUGACUAUGUGACCCUCAGUGACCAGGACAGCCUCUCGGGCAGCUCUGGCCUUGGCCAUGGCCCUCGGCGGCCCUCGAUGGCCUCCUCUUCCGUGUCAGAUGAGUGUUUUGAGCUGAGGGGACACCAAGCCCCUUUCCGGAGGCGCCACUCAGAGCAGGUAGCUAAUGGGCCGGCCCAGCCCCCCCGCCGACAGCUGAGUGCCCCCAACAUGACCCGUAGGACCUUUGGUGAGCACCUAUGUGGUUCACCGUGGGCCCAGGGCCGGCAGAGAGAGGACGCGGGUACUCUGAGGAACAUGCAGGCCUUGUGCUCCAUGGACAAGGACGCACAGGACCACCAGUAUGGAGUCCCUGCCUCGGGGACCAGGGAUAAAGAUGGCUUCCCGCGGCUGUUGAGGACCUCAGGACCCACGCGGUACUGCCCCACUGCUGAGGGCGCCCAGAGCUCUACCAGAAAAGCGGGUUCCCAUUACUGGCAGGCCAAGGGCGGUCCCGGGCCCCACACACCGCCAGACCCUGGGAGCCCAAGGCUGGCCCGCAACACCAGUCUCCUCGCUGAUGGCAGGGCCACCAGAGUGCACCCGAGUCCUUUCGGAAUCCCAUACUCCAAACUGUCCCAAUCGAAGCACUUGAAGGCCAGGAUGGGUGGCAGCCAGUGGGCCUCAUCUGAUUCUAAACGGAGGGCCCAGGCCCCCCAGGACCGCAAGGACCCCUAGCACCCUCUCCGUGGGCCUGGGGCCAGGCCAUCCUUGGCCUCCACUCAUGCCCAGACCCGCCACGCAGGCAUUCCCCGGGGCCACACGGCAGAUUUCAGAUGGGCCACCGGGACCCUCCAGAGCCCCCCGAGGAAAGCGAGAAGGUGGCAGGAGGCAAUGUUGACACUCACCUGGUCAGUGCACCAGUACCAGGUGGCCAUGAUGGUCAGGCCAAAAGUCAUCCCAGUCCACGGGAGGUCUGCAGUGGAGGGGUCACGGAACAUGUGCAUGGCAUCUGCCCGUGGCAGGUGGCAGGUGGUGUUGGCGAUAGUCCUGUUUGGGACAGCCUGGCUGUAGGCUGCUGCCAGUUGCUCAUACCCGCCGAUCCGGUCAAAAGCUGGCAGGGACAGGACAAGGAUGGUCGGUGGCCGGUGGUCCUGACUCCCAGUCCCUGCUGCUCUCCCACAAGGAGCUUCCUGCUGUGCCACACCUGGCCUUUUCCCACUUCACCUCUCCUGGCAUCUGGAAGGGUGUGGCCUCAUACAGGGUUUUCCAAAAGGUGAAUUUAAGUGACUAUUUUAUAUGUAUUUAAAACAAUGCUAUUAAAUGAGCAUUUUGCACA